AUGGCAGUUCUGAAAGAUCAUUACUAUAGACUUGCAUCUGAAGUCCCUAAGGAAAGAAUUGAAGCUGCAACUUCUCUCUUAUCAGACCUUAUUGAAGCCAACUCUAAGGAGGAUUGGGAAUAUGCUUUGAACAGACUUCUUAAGGGACUCAUCACUUCCAGACAAAGUGCUCGUUUUGGUUUCCUGAUGGCUCUUACUGAAGUAUUAUUGGAAUUGAUCAAUAAAAAUUCUGAGGGCUAUGAAGAAAUUACUAUUGAUUAUUAUCUUGAUUUAUUAUUAAAGACCACCCAAUUGGCUUCAAGUAUGAAAGGUAAGGAAGAAAGAUCAGUGUUGUUUGGAAGAUUGUUUGGAUUACAAGUUUUGAUCAAUACUAAACUUUUAUUCAAUGCUGAAGCUUGUAAAGAUGAAUCUUUAUUUAAAUUCAUUAAUUGUAUUAUAGAAUUAUCAAAUUUAAAAUCAUGGUUAAGAGAAACAACUAUUUUCACUUUACAUCAGUUUAUUAGAGCCUUUUUAAGUCCUGCAAGUGAUCAUAGUAAAGAUUUGAAAGAUAAAGUCAUCAUCGCUAUUUUACAAGUUACCAAUGAUCAAGGUUUAAAUUUAUCAAGUGAAGGAGUUGCUAUUUAUUUAUCAAUUCCAAAGGAAAAUAGAUCAAAAUUAGCUUCUCAUAUCGUUAAUGAAAAAGCAAAUUGGAAGAACGGUGAUCCAUUUACAAAGGGAAAUUUACCUUUGUUAGCAAAAGCAUUGAAGGAUGUUGAAGUAGCUGAUCCAGAAGCAGGUGAAAAUAAACAAAAAGGUAAUAAGAAUCCAAAACAAAAGGGAAGUUGGAGUCCAAGAAUCCCAUUCGUUUGGGAUUUGAUUAUUCAAGAAUUCAAUACUUCAAAUGAAAGUGAAGAAGUAUCCAAUGAAAACCUGAAAAAGAGAAAGAAGUCAUCAAAUAAUGAUUCUAAGAAAAAGAAACAUUCAUCAUCAUCAAGUUCAGAACCUACUGAUGUAACAGUUCAAGAGUUUUGGAAAGUAGUGAUCGAUGAUUCCUUUUAUGCUGAGAAAUCUUCUCAUGAAAGAAAAUUCUGGGGAUUUGAAAUCUUCAUCAAAUUCUUAAAGGAAUUAACCUCCAUUGAAUCCAUUCAAUACUUAUUCACUCUGAACUUUAUGAGAUGUUUAGUUAAUCAAACUUCUCAAGCCAAUAGAAUGUUACAUAAGAUCUCAACCAAAGCGCUUAAAGUCAUUACCGAAGAAGCCCAAUCUAAUCCAGAGAAGGUUCCUAUAAUCUUCAAUCGUUUGAUUGAUGAGACUAAUGGUGGAAGUUGGAAUUUCGAUUUGAUUACUAAAUCGAAGACUGUCGAUAGUUUACUUACGGUCAAAGGCGAUGAUAAAAUAAUUGCUGAUUUAAAGAAUAUAUUAAUCCAAUCAUUCAAUACUGCCCUUGAUACUCAAGAAGAUAUUGAUAAUCAAAAUACUAAUAAGAAGUCAAACGAUAAUAAGAUUAAAUGGAGUUUGGAUAAACUUUUAUUACUCAUUAGAAGAAAUUUAACCAUUAUAAAUGCAAAGGAUAUUGAAGAUAUUACCAAAUUACUCAUCAGACAAACUUUCUUCCAUUCAUCUGAUCAACCUCAAGUUUCUGAAAAUGUCAAAUCAGCAUGUCAAGAACGUUUGAACUCAAUAUUGGCUGAUAUAAUUAAUCUUAAAAGACUGGAUAAUAUCUCAUGGGCAUAUUAUUGUUUGAAAUAUAUUUUCAAAUUGGAAGAAUCAUCAAAAUUCAAAAACUUGAUUGAUUUCGAUGAAGAACUUCUCGUCAUAAAGCAAGAAACUUCUGUCAUUCUUAAAUCCAUCUCCGAAUUAAUGACCAUUACUAAACUGGAAAGUAAGAAAGAUCAAUUACAUUGUUUCGAACUUCUUUACUCUAUGGUUCUUAUUCAAAUGUACAUGGGUGAUGAUGAAGCUGUUCAAGUCAUUGGGGAAUUAAACUUGUGUUAUGAAAAUACUUUCUCUGACGAGACAGAUGAUGGAGUUGAUACUUCAGUGGUAUUGACUGAGAUUAUCUUAUCCUUCAUUUCAAGAAAAUCUAAUUUGUUAAAGAAAUUGGCAUUCACAGUAUGGGAAUUCUUUGUUUGUGGUAAUGAUCAAUCUGGAAAGAUAAGAUUGAAUGAAGCUAGUUUACAAUUGCUAUAUGAUGUCUUAUACCUGAAAGAAAACAAAGAAGGUCAACAAAAAUUAUUUGAGGGUGAGGAUGAAAUGGUUGCUGACGACGAUGAAGAUGAAGAAAAAGAUAACGAAAAAGAUGAAGAUGAAGAAGACAAAGAUGAUGAAGACGAGGACGAAGAUAAUUCAGAUUCAGACGAUGAAGAAUCAGAAGAAUCAGAAGAAGAAGACGAAGAAGAAGUAGCAACCGAUAAAGAUAAAUUAUCAGAAAUAGAUAAAGAAACUAAUUUAAAACUUGCUAAAGCUUUAGGAAUUCCAACUGCUGAAUCUGGAGAGGUCAAAUUUGAAGAUUUAGAUUCUUCAGAUGAUGAAGAAUAUGAAUCUGAUUCGAUGGAUGAUGAACAAAUGAUGGCUAUGGAUGAUCAACUUUCCAAAAUCUUCAAAGAAAGACAAGAUAUUCUUUCUAACAUUAGUACAGGUAAUAAAAGAAAAGCCGAAGUUAUGGAAGCUAAGGAACAUAUGAUAUUUUUCAAGAAUAGAAUCUUAGACUUACUUGAGAUUUUCAAUAGAGUUCAACCUAAUUCAUUAUUAAAUUUAACUGCCAUUAAACCUAUAAUCACCAUGAUCAAUUUAACUUUAAAUAAGGAACUCGGUGUCAAAGCACACAAGUUACUUAAAACCAAAAUCAACCGUACUAAAAUCACCGAUGAAGAUGUUCAAAAGUAUUAUCCUUCAAAGAAAGAAUUAAAAGAUUAUAAGGAAUCUUUAUUAACCCUCAUAAUCGACUUACAAACCGAAUUAAACUCAAAGAAAUCAACUAGUCAAGGUCAUUCAUUAGCUUGUAAUCAAGCUUGUAUUAUAAUUUCAAAAAAUUUAGUUGCUAUUGAUACCUCAUAUUUAGAAAAUAUCAUUGAAAUUUAUUCAUCAUCAUUAAAAAACUGGGCUUUAAACCCUAAGAGUAACAUUCAACCAUCCUUAUUCUUUGAUUUCAUCAAUUGGUUGAACUCUAAGAGGUAA